CUGUUGGUCAGAACUUUGACAGGAUUGAAUAUUUCAGCUUUACAAACAGAUUUAUGGGAGGAGGAAGAUGGAAAACAUCAACCCUGUUGAAAAGUGCUGAUGGAGGCUGAGUGUACAAAGCGAGCGCUGUAGUCAGGGGAGAGCGUUAUUUUUAGCAGGUGCAGCCCUUCACAUCCAUCAGACGGUUAUUGGCUCUCAGAGCGUCGGUACAAAUCAGCAGAGCUGUCAGCAGCGUCUCCACUCAGAUUAUCGCCGGUGAAGCUGCGUCUCCGCAGGAGGAUCCGGGCCAAAGAUGUCCGGUGAGAAGAACCCAGAGGUGGUGGGAUGCGACGCCUCCAUCAUGAGGAACGUCUGGGAGAUCCGGAUGAGGGAGUUCGGACAGAGGAUGCUGCUGGAGCAGGAGCGGCUGGAGAGGAGCGCGCUGCCCGCCAUCAACAAGCAGUGGGCAGAUCGUAUGACUGCCAAGACGGGGAAAUACAAAAGAGUGGAGAGGAAAGUUACACCUUCCGAUAUCCAACCAGACGACAACAUCUGGAAGAGCAAGCAACCGCUGGUUCCUCAGGGAGUUCCUCUUGGCAGAGGUCCGGGUUCUGGUGGCAAACCAGGAAUCCCGGCAAAAAGCUUUUCUGCUCAAGCCCCAAAUCUCAAGAACAAAAAGGUGCAAGACAAGAGUUUCAACAAACUACAGCUACUCAUGUCAAUCACCAAAACUCAGCCGUCGUCUCUGGUGUGGGGCAAGGCUUGGAAGUUCAACAAGUCCUUACCGUCACCAGCAGAGGGCGCAAGUCCAGACUGGGGGCAGUGCUGGAUGUUUGCUCCCUAUCAACCUCGAGCCGAAGAACGUAAGCCUUGGCCAAAUGAGCCCAACCUGGUGGAUCCACAAAGAUAUCAUCUCUGGAGAAAAGCCUUUUACAAGAUGGUGGAACCACAGGCGCUAGACCUGAAUCUGCCCGCUGACGAAUGGCAGACAUCCUGGAAAAGAUUUGAGAAAAUCAAGAAAGAUUCUGGUGAAGAUGAAGAGGAAGCCUCUAAACAUGGAUUCUUCACUUCCCUGGUGGAAACCCAGCACCAAAAUGAAAUCUUGUGUUCAUCAGAGUGGAGUGAUUCCUGGACAUCCACCAAGCCAGGCAACGAAGGUUUAUUGAAUGCAACAGUUGCUGACAACAAAGAUAUGGAAAGAGAAAUAAACCCAGAAUGGGACGAAUGUUGGAGGCUUCUCAACCAUCAUGGCAGCAACAGCUUCAAGCUUCCUCGCCAUCAGAAACCUCUCAGUCCAGAAUGGGCCAGUUCAUGGAGAGCAGCAGCCGACGUCUUCAACAACAAACAGAGUUCCUCUCAGAACCAACAUCAUGGCUUUGACAAUCACAGCCUGGAGAGAGAUGGUUUUCACAAAAUCACCUCCCCAACUCGCAAGAGAGACCUACAGGUCUGCGAUAAAUUUGAGGCGAUGAGCGACUGGAGCAAGUCAUGGGAGAUACCGAAGAACAACUCAAAACCUUGUGCGGAGAUAGAUAAAGUCCUCAAAGCCUUGCCGCCGAAGAUAGAUGCUGAGAUUCAAAGGGUGGAAAAGAUCCCUCAGGUCAAUUACUUGACAGAGAAAGUAGAUCCAAGGUACGAGCAACUAAGACGUAAUGUGAUACAUCACACAAGGAGAGAACUCCCCGAGUCAAAGAUACUUCUUCUGAAGCACCUGCAGAAAAUACUUCCACCUUCUGAAUGGAGGGAUUCCUGGAAGGUAAUAAAACACAGAAUGAGACAGGAAAGGAGAAGGUACAAGCCGGAUCCUGUGAAGCCUUUCAGAGAGUCUGAGAAAGGGGAAGAUUCAAAGCCCAAUGCCUCGGAGUGGAAAGACUCCUGGAAGUUUACCUGCCGGCCCCUGAAUCAGAACCCUGAGCUGUGGCAACAAGGUUGGUCCACCUCAACGCAAGUCCGGGUGAACUGGGAGAGGCACCAGAGUGAGAUUUCAGUGGAGGAAUUCCCUAAAAAUGGCCCAACAAGUGAACGGGUUUGGGGAGAAUCCUGGAAGUUCUCAAGGCACCAGCAUCGAUCAGAACCUGCAAAUGCCAAAGAUCAAGUCGGCAAAGGGAAGUUGAAUGUUCCUGAUAACUCAAGAGAACAUGAAAGUCAGGCCAAGUCCAUAUCAGAUUGGCAAGAUGCCUGGAUGAUCACAAAAACAGAGAUGAGACACGAUAAGCCAUCGUUUGCUCAGUGGAGGGAAUCCUGGAAGUGGUCUAUCUACCACACACCACACUGGACUGGACUGGUAUCAACAGAGAAGUGGGUGGAUGAAUCCAGUGAGAUCCAACGCCCAAAAAGCAUUAUGUCCUCAGAAGGAGUGAAAGCUAAAAUGAGCAGCUCCUUUGACAACAAGAUAUUUGGCCAAAGAUACCCUGAGAAAGAGUGGAGCUCCUCCUGGAGGACCAAAUCACUAAGCAAUCAAUCAAGCAAAAGUAGUUCAACUCAGCAGCAACAUCCCAUUCUGAGUGAGUGUGGAUGUAAGUGGGGAAGAUCUUUCAGACUUGCCAACCCAACGCCCCAACUGGAUCAGCCCUGGAUUGAGUCUUCCCAGAACCCUGGUUACUACCAGGUUUUAUGGUCAAGCAAAAACAAGAUACAAAACAUAAAUAAAAAUAAAUCCGACCUAAACAAAGUGUUUGCUUCUGCCACACUUUGGGCAAACUCCUACCGGUUCCUGCAGAAACCCAACAACCAGCUUAAUACCAAAGGUAGAUCCAAAGUACUCAGUGAUCAAAGAGUGAUUUUACCAACAAAGAUCAAAACGAGGAAGCAGCUGUAUUCUGGCAUAGAGAAGGAGAAACAGUCAGAGAGGAAGUGGGCAGGAUGCCACCUCCUGGGUAAAACCCAACCUCGUCCCAAGAAAGGCAGCGGUUCUGACAGUAAGCUCAUGCCUGAAGACAGCGUCUAUAAGAAGAUCCUGGAGGAAUGGGGAGAGUCUUGGAGAUUCUUCGUCCGUCCUGAAAACCUGAAAAAACAGACAAGCUUUAAAUCAAUAUCUGGUUGGGAUGAAUCCUGGAAGUUCCUCUUUCCGCCGUACUGACAAAACAAAAACAAUCUCUUCAAGAAAUGAGUCACUCUGUUGAACCCAAUGAUCUGCAUUUCCCAUAAAAUGGAAAUGUCUUUUUGAUAGUUAGCGCAGAACAGUGUGGCAAGAAGAUGUGUUUCAGGCAAAUAAAUCAGAACAGUAUAGUUUUAAAUUGCUAUUUAUGAAAAAAGGCAAAGAAGAAGGAUAAGGAUCUUAUGAAGAAAAGUGUAGGUGUAGCUUUAAUAUGGGAAUAUUAAAACAGUUUGAGAAAGAAAGAUUCACAGGACUGUCUGAUGAUGAAGGUGAAUGAAAUGCUAAAGUCUCCUGAAUAAAGGAGUAAAAACAAACA